CUUUAUGGCAUUUGUUUGCACAUCUGCUUGCAUAUUGACACCAACAACAUAAACGCCACAACACGCUGCCUAAAGUAAGAAACACAGCAACUACAACAACAGAAAAAGCCGCUAAAAUGCUUCAACACAUAGCGGCCGCCAGCAGCGGGUGUUUCGCCACGCCGCGUCAACGCUUUACCACGCAGCAAUGCUUCGUGUACGCACUCGCCUUACUCAUCGCCGUGUGUCAACUGCCGACUGCCACGGUAGCCGUUUUCUCACAGAAAAACUGCCGCGACUUGGGCGCCAACUCGCAUUGUCAGUGCUCGACGAUGCCCUCACGCUACGAAAUCCAAUGCCCGCCCAUGGACUUCAAUCACAAAUUCACCGUACUAAUCAGCCCGGGCGAACACGUACAGAUCGAUUGCGGUCGCGUCGAUGCACGCGAAUACAAUCUGCUGCCGAGCAUGUCCAUAGGCGAUAGCAAAAUCGUACAGAUCCGUCAGUGUCCGCUGCCCGGUCAUGAUCCCAUAGCGCGCCUCUUUGAACAUUUGGGCAUAACAAAGGUGAAUUAUUUGAUGUUCGAAAGCGGUGAGUUGGGCGCCAAUUUGACGCGUCACCAUCUCAGUGACCUCAAGAAUUUGGCGCAUCUGCGGUUUAGCUCGAAUAGUUUGACACACAUGCCGGAGGACUUGUUCGCCGAUUUGGGUAAUUUGAAUUGGUUGGAUUUGCGUUCGAAUAAUGUCAAUUUGACGGAGAAACUUUUCGAACCACUCAAGAAUUUGACAUUCCUCGAAUUGGGUCAUAAUAAUUUGAAAACUCUGCCGCGUGGCAUAUUCAAGAAUCAGCAAAAGCUCUUGCAUCUUAAUUUGUGGGGCAAUCAAUUGCGCAAUCUGACGAAAGAUGUAUUCGAAGAUGCCACUUCGCUCACCGACAUCGAUUUGAGCGCGAAUAAUAUUGAGUCGUUUGCGCCGGAUGUCUUUCAACCGUUAACACAGCUCGGUAGUCUUUAUAUAAGUGCGAAUCAUAUAAGAGAAUUGCCAUUUGGACUCUUCUCCAAUACGAAAAAUUUGACGGAAUUCCGUUUGAUCAACAAUCGCGUGGCGCUUAUCGCACUGCCACCACAGCUUUUUGCCAACUUGCCGCACUUGAAGGAGGUGCGUUUGAGUUGCGAACUGGAGAGCGUGCCCGAAGAUCUGUUCGAGAACUCAAACAAGUUGGCGAAUCUCACGCUGAAUGACAACAUGUUGACCACACUACCCGCGCAACUGCUGAGAGAUCAACAUGAAUUGUACGAUCUGGAUCUGUCGCAUAAUCGACUACAAACACUACCCGAUGGGCUCUUCCAGAACACGAAAAAACUUGUGGAACUUAAACUGUCACACAAUCAGCUACGCGAAAUCUCAAGCGAGCUUUUCAAUCCGCUGGUCAACCUCGAGGUACUGCUGCUGGACAACAAUAAUUUGCUAACAAUCAACAUUUAUGCCUUCCGUGACACAGCCAACUUGAAGUUUUUGGAUUUGGAGAACAAUCAAAUCGAUCUCGCCGAAGCACAUGCCGCCAUUCUAGAGCCCACGGCAUACUCCAACUCUGAGUUCGAUGCGAAUUCGCCAUUCCAAUUUCUCUACAAGCUGCAACAGCUCAAUUUGCGCAACAACUCCAUCAUGUACAUCUUCAAUGACUGGAAGACACAGCUGCUCGAACUGCAGAAACUCGACCUCAGCUACAAUAACAUCACCAUAUUCCAUGACCAAGACCUGCAGUUCCUCAGCAAAUAUCCUGUCGAAGUGAAUCUCACACAUAAUCUCAUACACGAAAUCAACUUCAAUACAAUCCAAAUCAUGGAUGCGCCUUUCGCAAACCGCCUGGUACGCAUAGACCUCAACGACAACCCGCUGCACUGCGAUUGCCUUAUGCUGCCCUUCUUGAAGUUUAUCUUCAACGAGUUCAAAGACAAGUUCGAGAAUAAAAUUGAGUUGCUGACUUCGAAUUUGCAGUGUGAAGGCCCGACUCCACUGCAGGGUAAACAUAUGCAAGAGCUGAGUUACAUGGAGCUGCUGUGUCCAUUGGAUGACAGCGCCUCCAGCGAAAAGCGUUGUCCACGCGGCUGCGACUGUUGGGUGCGUCCGCAUGACUAUAUGUUGCUGGUGAAUUGCUCCAACGGCAAUUUGACACGCUUGCCCGCACUCCCACACGAACCACUACUCAAAGGCAUCGUGUUGUUUGUGGAGAACAACAAUCUUAUGCGACUGCCGCUUAACAGCACGACGGGGUACGCUGAUGUGAAGCAACUACAUGCCGCCCGCAAUCAGUUGCGUGCCAUCGAAGCCAACAACUUGCCAGCGGGUCUGCAAUACUUGGAUCUGCGCCACAACAUGCUGCAGCGCCUCAAUGAUAGCGUACUGGAUUACCUGAACGACAGCAGCACAAUGGAAGCGCUUUUACUCUCGCACAAUGCGUGGCGCUGCGACUGUGGAACGAGACCGCUGCUUGAGUUCACACAGAGUGCCACCGUACUGCAGAAGCUGAAGGUGCGUGACUUCAAUCAGAUGCGUUGUGCGGUGGAUCCAAUGAAGCCGCAGCAGGUGCAAUGGUUCAAAGACAUAUCUGUCGCCGAUAUCUGUCCAACACAAAUGGGUUUGAUAAUAGCUAUGGGCAUCAGCAUUGCAUUGCUGGGUCUGUUGAUCGGCAUCUGCGUAGCGCUCUUCUACAAAUACAAUCAGGAGAUUAAAGUUUUCCUCUAUGCGCACAACUGGUGUCUGUGGUUCGUUACGGAGGAAGAAUUGGACAAGGAUAAGAAGUACGAUGCUUUCGUCUCCUACUCACACAAAGAUGAAGCAUUCAUCGCCGACUAUCUCGUGCCGCAAUUGGAGCACGGUCCAAUACCAUUCAAGCUGUGCAUACAUGUACGUGAUUUCAUUGUUGGUGGCUGUAUACCCGAUCAGAUUAUACGCUCGGUAGAUGAAUCCAGACGCACCAUUGUCGUGUUGUCACAAAACUUUAUCGAAUCCGUGUGGGCGCGUAUGGAAUUCCGUGCCGCUCAUCAGUCGGCGCUCAAUGAGAAACGCAAUCGUUUGAUUGUCAUCAUUUACAGUGACAUUGAAAAUAUUGAAAAUUUGGAUAGCGAACUGCAAGCAUACCUGAAGACGAACACCUAUCUGAAAUGGGGCGAUCCAUACUUCUGGGAUAAACUGCGCUAUGCCAUGCCACAUCCGAGCAGAAAGAACACAGGUGGCUUGGAGAAGACCGCCAUGAAGAGUUCUGUUGACGAUAAACUAGAACUCAUCAAACCAUCACCCGUAACACCCUCACCCACUACACCACCCGCCAUGGCGGCGAAAAAUCCACUCAUCGCACAUCUGAACGGUGGCACGCCACAAACAGCGAUCAUUAUACCCAAUGGCAAGAUGACGAACGGCAUGACGCCCAACUAUCACAUGAAUGGCAAGACACAGAAUGGACAUAUUAACGGCGCUUUCAUUAUCAACACAAAUGCCAAGCAGAGUGAUGUAUAGAACAGGGAGAAGGCGGAAGUGUUUCAGUUCGAUGACGAUUUCUUGUUUCGAUGAACCUGAAACUGAGCCGUGUAUGCGUACUAAGUUAAUUUAAAGUUUUAAGCCGCGUAAGAAAUGGCAAGUGACAAGCAAAAUCCCGACAGCGCGCAGCUUGCUGGUUGAAACAACUAAAAGUAGGCUAAGCAUAUGCCAACAAGACGGCGAAAUACAUAUAAGGGGUAUGCAGAAACGGGGACAUUAUUUUUUUUUAAUUUUUGGAAACCGUCAUUAACCCUUAUGCUCACAAUAUACGCGUUUAGGUUUACUUUUUUUUUUUGCUGUUUUCGAAAAUAUGUAGUAUACCUUUAGGCUUUUUUGAACAUAUGUAGCAUACCUUUAGGCUUUUAUUGUAAUAAGCAAUGCUUUAUGUAAAAUUUCGUAAAUUUUGGGUGUGAUGCUCAUUUAUAAAUCACUUAAAUGCAGUAAAAACUUAAUUUUCGCGUAAAUUAUUUUUUAUAAAUUUUUGACUUGCAUUUUUUAAAUUAUUUAAAAUUAAUUGAAUUUUAUAUUUAAGUUGUUUUUGACUUGUAAAAAAUGAGAACUCACAAACAAACAUAUUUUUAUACUCUCACUAGCGUUAAGCAUGUAAACAGUUAGCCGCUAAAUAUUAGCUAAGCAAGUAAAGUACGUGUAUAAAAAUUAGAAACUUGAAAAAUUCCAAACUUAAAAAAUAUGCAGAAUUUUAAGAUUAAGCUGUAUGGAAAAGCUCAAUGCGUUAAACUCAAGUAUGGUUCAUUUUCAAGCAUUUCAUUUAGAAGAAAAAUAGGAAAUCUCGUUUUCACAAUCUCGUUUUGACAAUCAUUUCGUUAGUUGUUUUUUUACGAAUCUCAAUUGUUAAAUAUAAAUAAUCUCAAGGCAAAGUUUUGACUAAGAAAAUUUAUUGUUUUCUACUUUUUCGCUUUAAGAGAAUUUCUCGAAUAUUUUAACGGUAUAUAUAUACAUACAAAUGUAUAUAACACAAUAUAUAGUUUAUUAUUUAGACUCACUUAACUAGCAGACGCAUAUAUGCCGAUGUAUGUAUGUGAGUGAGUAAAUAUGUAGUACAUACACUGUAAGCACACACACAAACACAAUUACACGGCCACAACAAAAGCAACAAAAAUACACAUUUUCACAUUUCACAAAUGCAAUAUGAAAAUUCCAAAAACUAGCGUUAAGUAACAGUGCACACACACACAUAUGCAUAUAAAUGUAAUGAAUUACAGUAAUGUUUAAGUAAAUAGCAUAGAUGUGAACAUAAUUUCCGCUAUACAAUAAGUAUGUACUUAGUAGAUUUUUCAAAAUAAAUAUAUGUAUAGUAUAUAGGCGAAAAACAACAACAAUUUGAACAAGUAAAUACAUAUAACACAUAAAUAUAUAUUUAUAAGUAUAUAUACAUAUAUAUAUUUAGCUUUAGAGGAGUACAUAUACCCAAACAAAUGCCUUCUACACAAAUAUGAGUAAAACAAAAAUGAAAUUUCAAUAAAAUUUAAUUAAAUAAGCAAAUCAUAUAAAUGUUUGAGCUGAUAACUGUGCAUGCCGUACAUAAGUAUGUAUGUAUGUAUUGCAGGAUCUAGACUACAAAAGCAAAAUAAAAUGAAAUAAAUGCUGAAGAAGAAGCAGCAAGAAAUAAAUUUGCGCCAACAACAGUUAAGAAGCAAUUUAAGCAAAUCUACAGUUACAAAACACACACACACGUGCAUACAAAGACAAACAAAUACACAGAAACACAAUAAUUCUAUAUUCAUUUACUUGUUUACUUUUUUUAUGCAAUUUGAGAACAACAAAAAUCUUUAAGCAAACAGGCAUUAUUUUAACAACAACAAAAAGCAUAAAUAUUUUCCCACAACAACAACAAAAUUAUAGCAGCCACAUGACACGUUUAAGUACAACUUUAAGUUCAGUUCAGUUCUCAAGCAAAGUUCGCAACAAUAUACAUAACACAAAUAUAUAUAGUAUAUUACAUACCAAAUACAUGCAUAUACAUAUGUAUAACAAACUUUAUGUCAUAACAAUUAUAAACAAUAUACGAUGUACAUGCAGUGCAUCUAACAAACUUUUGUGCGUGUGUUUUCUGUCUGUCGCUCAAAUAUUUGUAUGCAUUAUAUAAGUAAGUAAGAUUUAAAGUCGAAACCUUUAUACUCGUACACACCAAUACACAUGCAUGCAUAUAUAUGUAUGUAUAGAUGUGUAGGUAAAUCAAUGUCACACACACACACACAAUUACGCACUCAUAGGCAGAAGAUAUUAUAUAAUAUUUGGACUAAAUUUACGCUAUAUUGCUAGAUGUAUGUAUAUUUAGGUAUGAAGUAAUGCGAAUAAAAUUUAAAAUAAAACACAUAUUUUAAAAGAAAAAAUAAA